UCAAAUUUCAAUUCAACUCUUCGACUAUUAUUUUUCUUUUAGAAAUUUAUUUUCCUUGAUCGUUAAAAAUAAUGGAUAAUCAUCAUGUUGAUGGUGUUGGGAGAUUGUCUUUGUUAGCACAAGGCUCAUUAGAUGAUGAUGAUUCACUAGUAACAUUUGAAGAAGCCCAGAAAGAGUCUGGAACAGGAAGAUAUCAAUUUUUCUUAUUAAUAGUUUGUGGCUUAGUAAAUAUGUCAUGUGCGAUUUCAACAACGGCCGUAUCGUUUAUUUCGCCUGCAGCUGAAGUAGAUUUUAAUUUAAAUUCUAUUACAAAAGGAGUAAUAAAUGGAGCUCCGUUUCUUGGAAUGGUACUAGGAGCAUAUUUCUGGGGCAUUUGUAGUGAUUUAAAAGGAAGGCGAUUUGUUAUCUUAGGAUCAAUGGGAAUGGAUGCAUUAUUUACUAUACUUUCUUCUUUGGUACAGCAUGCUGGAUUGUUUUUCAUAAUAAGAGUAGGAAAUGGAUUUGCCAUAAUUGGAGCUACUUGCAUGGUUUAUGUGUACAUGGGCGAAUUUUUAAUACCUUCGAAAAGAGACAGUUAUUUACUUUUUCUUGAAUUAUUUUGGGCUUUCGGAAUGAUGGUUGGACCCGGUUUGGCUAUGGUGAUGAUUCCCAGCAAUAUUGUUUUUAUUUCAUCUACGUACUUCAAAUUUAAUGCUUGGAGAUUUUUUAUACUUUUAACUUCUAUACCAAGUCUAAUUUCAUUUGUAUUGAUAUAUCGUUACCCGGAAACUCCACGAUUUUUAAUGUUUCGCGGUUAUUUAAUAAAAUCCAGGGAUAUUCUGGAACAAAUUUAUAUAGUUAACAACAACUUUACAUCAAUUCCGUAUCCGGUGCAAUUUUUCACUCAAACCCGUUCAGCAAUUCGGUUUGAUGCAGGAUUUAUUGGAGGCAUUCCAUUCAUGGAAAAUGUUAAAAGAAAAUUAAUUGUUCUAAAAAAUGAUCAUAUAAAAUUAUUCUCUAAAUACUUCAGAAAUAUUAUAGUAGUUUGUACUAUAGAAUUUUGUUUAAUGGCAUCGUAUAUAACUAUUCUUGUAUGGGUGCCGGAAUUGUUUUCUAGAUACUCUAAUUACAAACAACAAAAUACAGAUGGUGUAAAUAUAUGUAUAGCUUCAGAAUGGCAUUUAGUAUAUAACUCUAUGUCUGCUGGACAAACAGUUUCAGUCAAUGCUUAUUUAGCUGCAUUAAUUGUGGCAUGUUCAUCAAUACCUCUAGUUCUACUUACUGGGAUCUUAAUUAAAUAUUGUAACAAAAAAUUAUUGUUAUUUAUUACUUGUGGAGUUCCAGUUGUGUUCGCAUUACUGGUUUCAAGAACUUAUAACGAUCUACAAGCAGAAUUAAUGUGUUGCGUUUUUGAAGGAUUUACUUCAUUAACAGAACCUAUUAUAUUUUGUUCUAUUGUUGAACUAUUUCCCAGUAAUGUGAGGGGAGUGGCAUUUUCAAUGAUUGUGAUGACUGGUCGAUUAGGUGCUAUAUUUGGAAUAAUUGUUUUUGGAAUACUGAUUGAUAUAAGUUGUUUUAUGAUGUUUUAUGCUUUAGCCUUGUUACUAUUAAUUGCAUUUAUUGCAGUGGGGUUUUUACCAAAAUUAAAAAUUGGUGGUGGCCAUUAGGUGAGCGCGUAUAAUAGCCGAAAAUAUAUCAGCCAAACCGUAUUUUAGCCGAAAAAUAAUUGGUUGGACAAGUCAAUUAGCAGAACCGUAUUUUAGCCAACAGUAUUUUAUCACUAGCGUCUAGAGACAGCACAAGAGAGCAAAUAUCUUAUCAAGCACAAGAGCAAAUACCUUAUCAAUGAUCAUAAUGUUAUAAUCGUUAAAAAUUUUCAAAUCGCAAAACAUUUUUUGAAAUUUGAAUUUUUAAAGUUAAUAUAUUAUUCAAAUAUGUUUGUGUGCGCACAUUGUACUAUUGAAUUUAGCAAAAAAUGCAAUUUAAUAAGGCACAUGAAAUUACAUGAACGCACAAUUACAUCUUCAAAACCAGAUACAGAUAUUGAAUUAAAUUUUGUUAAUUUUCAGGAGUUUGAAGAAUGGAAAUCAAAUGAAGAGGUAAGUACUUUGUCGCGCUUUAUUAAACAAAGAUGGUCCAGAUUUAACAAAGAUAAAACUGUAGCCAUGAGCAUUUAUUAUUGUCAUCGUUCAGGAAAGUUUACAAGCAAGGCUACUGGAAAACGUGCCAUGAAAAUAAUUGGUUCAUGUAAAAUAGGCAAGUGUCAAAAUCAGUAAUAUACAUUAAUCAAUUACUGAAAUUUGUAAUUAUGUUUAUCUGUUGAAUAUAAUUGUUGCAUUGAGAUUUUUUUAUUGUUUUAUGUGUUGUUUGCUGUCAAUUGAUCUUCAAGUCAAGUCGUUGGAUCUUCAAGUCAAGUCGUUGGUGUUUAUGAAAUAUCUGAAGUAGUUCAUCUUUUAUGAUAUAAUUAUAAAUUAUUAUGUACCUAAUAUUAAAUAUUAAAGAUUUUUUAU